AUGGCGGCUCGUCGUGCCCAAGCAUCGCUUCGGGAGCUAGCACGCAGCUCCCGAACAGCCUCUCAGACUAGCGCAGUAGGAUCCUCAAGUCGCGUCACCCUGACACCCACCGCUGCCGUUGUGUCCCCAUCUCCGCUCUCCGUGCGACGAUUCGCCUCGGCAGCACCCAGCACCGCCUCUUCUUCAACUUCAGCAGCUUCAACCUCGCCCUUGUCUACAAGAGGUGGCAGUCAUCGUUCGUCUCCUGCGCUCGGUACCAGCAUCACAGGUCAGGACGUUCUCUCGCAUUUCUCUUCUCCACCAUUCUCCUCAACAUCCUCAGAUCUGCUCGGUUCCAACCCAGAGCUCGCGCUUCGAGCAGUGACGCACGAAUCCUAUCUCAAUGCACGAGAAGGUCACAACCGCAGACUCGCAUUCGUCGGUCGUAGAACGCUCAAGCUCUUUGCGACGCUCUAUCUGCACGCUCGCUUGCAAACCACCACCAAAGGCGACGCCGCGCACAACUACAUCAACCGUCUGCUCGAAUCGCCCACCGGCGUCGACGCCAUUCUCACAACACAUAGACUCGGCGACAAGGUCGGCAGGCAGCUCGGUCUGGAAAAGGUCAUGCGAUGGACACCUGCCGUGUCGGAUGGUCAGGUUGGGCCUAGGGAGACGGGAUUGUUCAAGGUUCGAGGUGUCGCAGUCGAGGCACUGGUAGGUGCCAUUUACCAUCAGAAGGGCGCCUCGGAAGCGUCGAAAUUCUUCCAGAGUUGGAUCUUGCCUUCCUUGCUACAGGAUGGCUUUCCUUCUCCGGUUCCGGAAGAGCUCAAGCAAGGGAUCGCCAUACCAGCAGCUCAAUCUUGA